CUCUGUAUCUACAAAAAUCAUGUGACUGAUCGUAGAACAGAAACAAGAGGCGUUUGUUUCCGACACUGUGAGAGCCCGCCGGUGUACCACACUCCCUCUCGCUCACUCUGCUUCUCUCUCAUCCACCGGGCUGGGAGACUCCAGCAGCCUGCAAGGGAAACAGCGAGGAGGGGGAGAAGAAAAAGGAGCGACGGCGAUGGCGAGCAUCAACAUGGAGCCGAGACCGCUGCUGCGGCUGCUGGGGCUUGUCUCGGUCCUAUUGGCCUUCCUCACGGCUCAUGUCCGGUGUCUUAACGGCGAUGAGGACCAGAGCCAGGACACGGAGUGCAAAAUGAAGAGUGUCACCGUGUCGGCGCUGCCGUUUUUGAGAGAGAAUGACCUGAGCAUCAUGCACAGUCCAUCGGCCUCUGAGCCCAAGCUGCUGUUCUCCGUUAGAAAUGAUUUUCCCGGAGACGUCGUGGUGGUGGACGACCUGGAAAACACCGAGCUCCCCUAUUUCGUCUUGGAGAUCUCUGGGAACUCGGAGGAUAUCCCUCUGGUGCGCUGGCGGCAGCAGUGGCUGGAGAAUGGCACUCUACUUUUCCAUAUCCACCACCAGGACGGCAGCUUGAGCCUCCCAGACCCGACAGAGGACCCAGCCAACGAUUCUACGAAGGAAGAGCUUCGCAUCCUACACAUCUCUGUGAUGGGCGGGAUGAUCGCCCUUCUGCUGUCCGUCCUGUGCCUCGUCCUGAUCCUGUAUACCCGCAGGCGCUGGUGUAAACGCCGCCGCAUUCCCCAGCCCCAGAAGAGCGCCAGCGCUGAGGCGGCUAAUGAGAUCCACUACAUCCCGUCAGUGCUGAUGGGAGGCCAAGCCCGGGAAAGCUUAAGGAACUCUCGGGGUCAGGGGCCAAACUCCAGCGGAACCCUCAGCAUCCGGGAGACGCCGAUUUUGGAUGGGUAUGAGUAUGACAUUACGGACCUGCGUCACCACCUGCAGCGGGAGUGCAUGAAUGGGGGGGAGGAAUUCGCCAGCCAAGUUACCCGUACCCUGGACUCCCUUCAGGGCUGUAAUGACAAGAAUAACAUGGACCUUACACCAGUGAGUGACAACACCAAGUUGGCCCUGAUGAACAAAUACAAGGACAACAUCAUCGCCACCAGCCCUAUUGACAGCAACCACCAGCAGAACACCCUGCUUCCGCACAACACCUCCACCAGCCAACGCAAACGCCUCUCCAGCAACACCCGUGCGGGUUCAACUUUCUUGAACCCAGACGGGGACUCUGGGACGGAGGCAGACAGCGAGCCUCAGCUGGCCUUUUACACCGACCCUAACCGCAGUCGACGCCGGAGUCGAGGUAUGAGAAAUGGUAACGCCAACAGCGCGUGGGGCUCUGGGGCAGGUUCCCCGCGGAGCCCCAUCAAUAAGACCACCCUGACUCUGAUCAGUGUCAUCAGCUGCGUGAUCGGCCUGGUUUACUCAUCUCACCUCUCCUGCAGCCUAUCAGUCCGAGUAAUCUUACAUGUGCCGGAGCAUCUCAUCGCUGACGGUUCAAGAUUCAUUUUGCUGCAGGGAAGCCAGUUGGACGCUUCAGAUUGGCUCAACCCGGCCCACAUCUUGUUGUAUCACCAGCAGAAUGCCAGCGGACCCUGGGUGAGCGAGCUGUGUGGCAGACGCCUGCUGGAUCCCUGUGAGCACCAAUGUGACCCUGAAACAGGAGAAUGCCUUUGCCUAGAUGGUUACAUGAAGGACCCUGUUCACAAGCAUCUCUGCAUCCGCAGUGAGUGGGGGCCCAAUCAGGGUCCCUGGCCUUACACCAUCUUCCAGCGCGGUUUUGAUCUUGUGAUGGGAGAACAACCUUCUGAUCGUAUUUUCAGAUUCACAUACACCUUGGGAGAAGGAAUGUGGCUGCCACUGAGUAAAAGCUUCGUGAUCCCCCCUGCCGAGCUCGCCAUCAACCCAUCAGCCAAAUGCAAGACAGACAUGACAGUGAUGGAGGAUGCGGUGGAUGUGAGGGAGGAGCUGAUGAUCAGUUCGUCCUUUGACUCCUUGGAGGUUCUCCUGGACUCUUUUGGACCCGUCAGAGACUGCAGCAAAGACAACGGAGGCUGCAGCCGCAACUUCCGCUGCAUAUCUGACCGAAAGCUCGAUUCCACUGGAUGUGUGUGCCCUCCAGGGCUAAGUCCAAUGAAAGAUGGGACCGGGUGUUAUGACCACCACAUUGGCAUCGACUGCUCCGAUGGCUUCAAUGGUGGAUGUGAGCAGCUGUGUCUCCAACAGCUGGCCCCUCUAGAGGAUGACCCUACACUCUACAACAUCCAGAUGUUCUGUGGGUGCAUUGAGGACUACAAGCGUGGUCCUGAUGGAAGGUCGUGCCUGCCGCUAUCUGAAGCUUGCACUGAGGGUAUAGACUGUGGUGAAGCAACAGAUAUCCCUGCAAACCAGACUGUGUUUGGAGACCUUUUCUACGGAUACAACAACCACACCAAGGAAAGCACCUCCGGACAGAUUCUAAAGGCCACAUUCAGGCAGAAGAACUUUGCCCGAGGCAUCGAACAGCAGCUCCCAGAUGGCAUGGUGGUGGCAUCGGUGCCAACGGAGGUUCAGUGCCACGAGGAGCUGUCAGACCCUGUGCCCGACCCAGAAUACCUCACGGGGAUGGUGAACUAUAGCGAGGUCUCUGGCUAUCCCCUCGUUCAGCACUGGAGUCUUCGCUCUGUGUUGUACCACGUCAAACUCAACCAGUGGGUCCUGUCUCAAGCUUUCAGCUCAGCUGUCCAUUCUUUAGAUGGGGCGACCCAGCGGAGCGACUUUGUCUCCAUCCUCAGGGAGUUCGGGAACCACUAUGUCCAGGAGGCAGUGUACGGCUUUCAGGAGUCCUGCACCAUCUGGUACCCCAACAAACAGGUUCAAAGGCAGCUAUGGCUGGAAUACCAGGACAUCAGCAAAGGUAACUCUCCUUCAGAGGAGUCAGAGGAACGUGACAAGGAGGCCAGGACGCUGACCUACCCAGCGUACAUUGCCAGCCUCCUGGACACAGGCGCUAAACGCAUGGCAGCUGGGGUCCGAAUGGACUGCAGUAGUCAGGGCCAGUGUCCGCGCUCCUGCCACCUCUGCCACAUGAGCCCGAGGCCGGCUCAAGGGCGGCAGCAGUCUGAGCCUGUCCUUCUGAAGAUCACCAAAGCUGCACCCAUCUAUGAGCUGGUGUCCAACAACGAGACCUACCAGGCCAUUCAGGAGGCAAUGAUGAGCAUGCUGUGGUGCUCAGGUAAAGGAGACGUCAUCGACGACUGGUGUCGGUGUGAUUCCAGCGCUUUUGGCUCAGACGGACUGCCCACCUGCGCCCCACUUCCUCAACCUAUGCUGAAGCUGUCUUACACCUACGAGCCCAGCAGCUCAUUGGUCAUCAUGGAGUGGAACCACACCGAGCCACCAAUUGGUGUGCGGAUCGUCGAUUACCUCAUCAGCCAAGAAAAGGUGACGGAAAGGACCGACCACUCUAAAGUUGAGACAGAAACCCUUUUGAGCUUUGUGGACGACAUCCUGUCUGGGGCCAGGUCUCCUUGUGUGAUGUUGGGGGACAUCCCCAACCUUCUAUCCUCAUCCAUCAGCAUGAUAAUUCGCUGUCUGGAGCCUGACACGACAUACAUGUUUCGACUGUGGGCAGUAGACAAUACAGGACGCCGCUCCAGUCCCAGUGAGGUCACCAUCAAAACUCCAUGUCCAACUGUGGAUGACGUCAAAGCACAGGAAAUUGCAGAUAAGAUCUAUAAUCUGUUUAAUGGCUACACUAGUGGUAAAGAGCAGCAGACAGCCUACAACACACUUAUGGACCUGGGAGCUCCCACGUUGCACCGUGUGCUUUACCACUACAACCAGCGCUACGAGACCUUUGGAGAAUUCACCUGGAGGUGUGAAGAUGAGCUUGGUCCAAGGAAGGCCGGCCUCAUCCUCUCCCAGUUAGAUGAACUCUCUCCCUGGUGUAAGGGUCUCCUUCAGGAGCCGAAGAUCGGACUUCGCAGGAUGUCCCUCAAGUUCCUCUCCUGCCGUUACACUGACACCAAGGUCUUUGGGCUCAACUGGUCGGCCAUGGGGCCGGACGUACACAAGGCCUGUGACGAGCAGAUGCUCACUGUCAUGUAUAACGACUACGGCGAGCCCAAGGAGCUCUAAAGGUUUGGGUUUGAAGAGAUUUAAUUAUACACCCAGAAGAAGAAGAAAAAAAAACAGGUUUUACAUGCAUUUCUAUAAUGUGGCGUUUAUGGUCAUAUAUUUAAAUGCCACACAUUAUUUAAAAAGUCAUUUAGUCUGUUUACCAUUUACUACAGUAAUGGCUUCAGAACUAAUUUAUAAUUAGCAUUAACAUUAAUAACAAUGACUUGUGGUGCCUGGUCGUCUCUCGGAUUAAAAUGUGUAUUAAUCUGCACCUCUUUGUUGUACUUUGAGCUGUUUUAAGUUAACUCCUUCCUUUCAGUGGAGGCUAAACCGUAAAUAAAAUCUUGUGACAUUUAACUCUAGAUUAACGCUUACAGCCGCUCUUUCAUGGCCUGGCCCCGGUCUCAUUCUUCAUUCCUGUGUAAGACAGCAAUGUAGCUUUUAGAUAGAUUUUACCUUCAUUAUCUUUUGAUGAACAUUACUGGGAGUCUUCUCAUGUGAAACAACUACAUGUAACAUGGGAUCUAACUGUUUUAUGAGCAACUAAAGCCAAUGUGUGUCUUUCAUUUGAAUCUUAUUAGUAGUUGUGAAAUAUUGAGGCAGGACUGGACUAUCCUAAAAGACAUGAAAAUCAAACGUGGAUAUAAAACAUUAUUAUCUUGAAAGAGUUUUUUUGUUUGUUUGUUUUUGACAACCAAGCACAACUCCAGUCCUGAAGACUUCUUUUUCUCUUAUUUGAUCCUCAUCUGAGUGAAUGCCAUGACUGGCAUUUACUCAUCAUUGGGG